AGAAGUCAACCAAUGAAAACAACACAACAGAUGACUGGGGGCUCAUUAUGGACAUCUGCGAUAAGAUUGGAACGACACCCAAUGGACCAAAGGACAGCUUGAGAUCCAUUAUGAAGAGAAUCAACCACAAAGUGCCUCAUGUUGCCAUGCAGGCCCUCAAUUUGCUGGGUGCUUGUGUGUCAAACUGUGGCAAAAUAUUCCACCUGGAAAUCUGCUCCAGGGAGUUUUCCAGUGAAGUACGAAGUGUGCUGAGCAGGGCCCACCCUAAGGUGUGUGAAAAGCUAAAGGCUCUGAUGGUGGAGUGGGCAGAAGACUUCCAGAAGGAUCCACAGCUCAGCCUCAUCGGUGCCACCAUUAAGUCUCUGAAGGAGGAGGGCAUCAGCUUCCCCUCCGCAUCUUCACAGGGGUCCACCGUAAAGGUCAGCACACCUGCUGUGAGCAAAGGAUCUGAUGAUGACAACCUGGCCAAAGCAAUCGAGCUGUCCUUGCAGGAGCAGAAGCAGCAGGCGGAGACGCGGCCCCUGACCGCAACCGCUGACCCCCCGAGCUACACCAACGGUAGCGGGGGGCAGGAGGCCCGGAAGGUGCGUGCGCUGUACGACUUUGAAGCGGCUGAAGAUAAUGAGCUGACCUUCAAAGCGGGAGAACUUAUUCUGGUUUUGGAUGACAGCGAUCCAAACUGGUGGAAAGGAGAGAACCACAGAGGGGUGGGGCUUUUCCCCUCCAACUUUGUCACCACCAAUCUGAAUGCUGAGCCAGAGCCAGUGGUUUAUGUUGAAAAGGCAGCCAGUCCUGAAGAGACGAGCUUGGAAACCAAAGUUGAGCCUGAGCCCGUCGUCAUUGACGAGGGGAAGAUGGACAGAACCCUGGCACUGCUGCAGAAUGCGGAUCCUGCAGAUCCGGCUCCUGACUCCCAAGAGCUGAUCCAGCUGGAGGGUGCUUGUGAACAGAUGAACCCAAUGAUUGAUGAGAAGCUGCAGGAGAUUGACAGGAAACAUUCAGAGUUGUCAGAGUUGAAUGUGAAAGUUCUAGAGGCCCUGGACCUUUACAACAAGCUCAUGCACGAGGCUCCGUUUUACUCGGCCUACUCCAAGAUGCAGACACAGUACGCGCCAGCCGGCUCAGCUGUAGCCAUGCAGGGCUACCUCGGCCCGCCCGGCGCCCCCUACCUGCCUCCAGCGAUGCCCCAGGGUCCUCCUGCGCAGGCCUACACUCUGCCCAGUGACCCGCCCGGAUCACUACACUCGCUGCCACCGAACGUCUCAGCCCCACCCAACAACCCAGCUGCUCAGCCUCCAUACAUGAGCAGUGGUAUGAACGCUCAGUACAUGAACCAAGCUGCUGGAGCUCAUUACCCACCCCAGGCAGGCGUGGCCAUGGACAUGUCGACCUAUCACAACUCCAGCAUGCCUCCCGUGUCCUAUCCUGUGGCCGCUCCCCCUCACCAGGCUCCUCAGCAGCAGCAGGCAGCAUAUUAUCAGCAGCCCCUGCUGUAAAACUCCGACUGCCAACAGGCCUGAGAUGAUGAAUACAUGCUCCAGAUAUUUACAUUUCCAGUGGUGUGUUCAUUUGGCUUACCUUGUGUGAGUGUGUAAUUGCUUUGGGAACAUUCCUUUAGCCAUUUUGCGUGCCUGAUCAACUGAAUUGAACACACCCCACAAAGGCUGAAAUAACUGAGGUGUGUAUGUUACGCAGGACUGUUGUUCAUCUGAGUCAGGACUCUCUCUCUCUCUGUGUGCAUGUCCUCAGCUACUGUAUGUGAGGCUAAACCAUGGUAACAGGAGUUUUUUUUCCUGUCCUUCACUUCUCUCUCCUGGCUGACAGUAAACGCAGCACUGGUCUUCACAAACAUCACAGGUCGACACAGAAGAAGAGCUGGGCUUGUACACCAAUACAGCGCCUUGUAAUGAGCAGUCUUUGCCUAAUUCUGAAGAAAUUUACAUUUUACAAUUCAUAGUUCAACACAAUGCUACUCCCAGAGUGUGUUAUUUCUGAAUUGACCCCCUUCAAAGAAUUUACGCAACAUGUCCUCUUUGAGGUGGUAACAGAGGGUCAGGCCAUGUCCACACUAAUGUAGAUAAAAGUGAAAAAAUGCUUCUUUUUCUCUUCAUAUUGGCCUACUGUUCACACUACCUUGUCUACACUGGCCAUGUAGCGAAAACGGCACGUCAGCAGCUGCUUGUCCCCAGUCAGUGUCUACACUGGAUACCUUCAGCCACAGUAUUGCUGUGCACUAGAAGUGUUGUUGCAGCCCAUAUAGCCUAAUACAAGAUCAGUGCAAUUACAAGCAAACAUAGGAAUAAAGUGAACUAAAAUAGCAGCUCUGCAUGUAAAAUGCAAGUGAAAAGUGAGCCUUUACUCAAGCCAUUGCCCGGCUGUUUUAGACAGCUGUAUUGAUCAAAACCGAAGCAUAUCUUAUCUGUUUCGAUGCGGAUGACUGAAAAACGUGUCCAGUGUAGAUGUAGACAGCCUGCAAACCGACAAAAAAGCAGCUUUUCGAAAAGCGUUCUCCCGAGCAAAUCCGAUUUAAAACACCAGUCUCACAUGGUAGUUUGCCCAUGAAGACACGCAUGAUAUGUUAGUGUGCAUAGUGUGGAUUUAACAUUUGACACCUAAAUGGCAUUUUCAAAAGUGUCUGCGUUAAUGUGAACAUGGCUGAAAUGUUUCUUCUUCUUUUAGAUUUUAACGGCCACGGCCGUCUUGUUUUUCAGUUUGUAAAAGAAACACUCUGGUCUGAUGUGAGAGCUCACGUUUCUGCAAAGCCAGCACAUAUCGAGUGUGUGGGACGGGGCGCGGGUGCUCGCUUCAGGACAGAGCGUGCAGUUAUUUAAAAGGCAGGAGCUUCGUUUUUGUUUUCUUCCUCACCUGCAUCUAUCACUGUAGCUGAUCUGUGUUUGGAACAGAAUUUCUGAAGUACAAACUAUAUUUUCAACUAUCAGAUAUGUAUGUUAACAGUUAUAUUUGUGUAAAUGGUUACCUUCCCAUCAACUCACUGCCUUGUAAUGCAUUCUCUGGUUGCAUUUGUGAUGUGUAAGAUGACAUUUCUGUGUAUGUGUGCACAUAUUUGUUUUUGUACAUACGUAUGUAUUUAUUGCGUACGUAUGUGUUUGAGGGCUUACCCAUAAUAGGUUCUUCAGCAUUGUAAAAUGCAUUGAUUUUUUUUGUAAGGAUCAUCAGAUUUUAGGGUGAACUGAGAAAUAGUUAGUUGGAUUUCUUUGUGUGUUUAUUAAUCUGAUGAAACACUGCAUCUGUUCAUGAUUACUACAUCAGUACCUUCCUGCCUCUCCUCUUCAUGUGUGGGGUCUCUUCCAUUUAACGGAGUGCAUGUUUUAUGCAAAUGUUGAGAUUUUUCAUGUCUGUACACGUAAAUUUCGAAAUUGUCAAUGGCGUUGCCUGUACUUUGAUUUAUAUAUAUUGAGACAUUAUACAUGUGUAAUUUACAUGGUUGGAGAAAGUGUAAUUAUUAUUAUUCUUACUUUGCUCCUGCUUUUACUUUUAUCGUUCAGGCAAAAUGUAAAUGGAACUAAAUUUUCACAAAGUUGGGAAAUCAUUAGUUUCUGUUAAGAUGAAGAAAGAGAAGUGAGACAUCAUGUUUUAGACCUACUGCUUGUUUAUUCUGCAGGUUUGGGGUUAAUAUUAAGGAGCAGCUUUCACACAGCCCUGUUGCAGUAGCUCCGUAGUUACUAAUUUUAGCCACAACUGUCUUCUUUUAUUUCCUUUAUUGGCCUCAUAUUACAGGCAUUGUAUAUUAGAUGUAAAAUACCUGGUUUUGUCAGUGACAUUGACGUUGCACCUUAGCUUUGUAAACAUGUAUUUACCACUGGAUGCCUUGUUUUUCUGUAGAAAUCAAAGAACGACACAGACACAACUUUGGCGAGCAACUUCAGUCCCAGUAUCCGCUGGAUAUGUAUAAUUCUGUAUAUUUAAAAUAUUCCAGGAAAAGUUCAUUUAUCCAAGAUUUUAAAACUGCUUUUGUAACAGAGCAAACUUAUAAUAUUCUUUGAAAUAAAAAAAAAAUUGACCUGUGUUGAGGGUGGUCUCUA